CAUGUGCAUAUAAUUCAACCAUACACGACUUGUUUUUAAGCAUUGACAACUCUUCGUAGGUUGCUCGAUCCCUAGCAGUCCUCAACAAGUUCCCGCCAUCAUGGCGAUAUUGGUCCAGCGCCGAUAUGUCCGCCUGGCGUUCCUCGCCCUGGGCGUCAUCACCGUCCUUAUGUUAAUAUACCGCACGAACCCCGACAUUCGCCAGCAAUCCUACCAAAAGGCUAUUUCACAACUAACAGACCUCUAUCGCGGAUCUGGUAGCCGCAAGGGCGCCGAGACUCUGCGACUCGAGGUCGAGAAGGAGCCGACUGAUGGACCGGAUGCUGUCCUCGAACAUGCGCACCAGUUGACCUCGGCCGACCACUUCAAGGCGCACUUCCGCGCUGUCACCAAACUCCCUCGAGUCACCCUUGCGGAGGCAAAAGCUCCCUGCACAUGGAAAGAAACAGAUAAGGUCAACUUCAUGUUCGGACCAGAGGGCGCAUGGGGUCUCAAUACGAGCUGGGUUACUCACGAUAAGUCGGAUGUUGAGCUGGAUCGCGCGCGCAGCACAUGGCAGGAAUUUAUUCUCAAUGGACUUCAGCCGUAUGCCAACCACCGCCAUCGCUUCUCAGGACGAGGAAUCGUGGUUGUAGCUGGACAGGGCCGGAGUCUGCGCCGAAUGAAGGUCAUCCUUCGUCAGCUGAAGAAGCUUGGAUCGGCAAUGCCUGUGGAGGUGGCUUACUUUGGCGAUGAGAUGCAUAAGGAAACACGUGCGGACCUUGAGGCUCUUUACCCUGGCAAGAUGUUCUUCCUGGAUCUCUCCUCUGCGGACAAUGUCUACCAAGCCAAUCAGAGCAAUCUCUUCAUCAACUAUCAGCUCAAGACUGCAGCGUUGCUGAACUCGCGCUGGGCUGAACCUCUCAUGCUGGACAGUGACAACAUUCCGGUCAUCGACCCAGCUGAACUGUACGAGUCCUCGAUGUAUCAGGAGUACGGCACCCUCUUCUGGCCCGACAUUGCGCGCACGCGACCCAACAAUCCCAUGUGGUCCAUCACAAACACAAAAUGCCGCAUGAAUGAGUACGAGCUGGAGUCCGGCCAAAUGAUCGUCGACAAGCAUCGCUUCUUCUACCACUUGCAACUCGCCGCAUGGAUGAACAACGAACAAGGCGACUACUACAAGAACUUCAUCCUGGGCGACAAGGACAUGUUCCGCUUCGCAUGGCACGCACUCAAGACGCGCUAUGGUUUCCCACCCAAGUGGCUCACCUCAGUCGGAACCGUCGCCGGUCCAGACAAUUACUACUGCGGACACACCUUUGCUCAGCACCAUCCCGACGGCCGUGUUGCCUUUUUCCACGGAGGUCUGCUCAAGACAAUCCCGCGUGAGGUCAUGACCUGGACGCGGAAGGAACGGGGCGGGAUCUUCCAGAUGUACAAGCGCGCGCCAACCGACGAGGAUCACACCGUGGCUGUCGACGUUUCUAUCAAAUGGGAUCUCGCCACCUAUCUACCAAACAAGCCCGAGAAAUUCGAGUCUGGCGCGGUAGGCUCCUGUACGGACAUGCACAAUGUUACCGCACGGCCUCUGGAUGAGAUCGCCCCGGGCUUCGAGAAGCGCUUCGAGGAGAUUGGCGGAUACUGGAUGCUCGAUGGCUUCGAAUGGGACCCGACAAGCGGGCAGCCUGGCCAUGACAUCAACCCUGAAUGCGGCGGCUUGUUCCAACCGCCAUGUUUGUGAGCAGUAUGAAAUCAGCGGUAACGACAGUUUUGGAUAAAGCCGUCUUCUGUUCGCAUUUUUUGUUUUCUCCUUGCUUUCCCCUCUCUCCCGAGAGGAUCUUCGGAGCUCUUCUUUAUUUUCCAGGUGACGAAAGAUGAUGUACAAAUAGAGAUUCUGUAUUGGAAAGAUUCCAAGGAUGGGUACAUUAGGUUCCCGAUGGGUUGUGUAUCUACCUAUUUAUCUACCCAUCUAUCUACCUAUCACGCUCACAAAGACGAAGCAAUAUUCGUAACAAAGCGCGCGAGACUUAUGGACCAGAGUAGUCCUUAUUUUAGCUCAGGAGCUGGGUCGAUAACCGCCUGGGCACGGAUUGAUAAAGUCAAUUUGAUGAUUUGGAUAGAAAGUACCUUGCGAGGUGGCGUUAUAGCAUGAAGGGCA